GUGUAGUCAAAAAUGAAAACUCCAAUUAUUGUUAUGUUAGCUAUGAGACAAUCUUUAAGUGAUCCAAACGUUUGGGAGGAUGGGUUAUUUGAUAAAGAUUCGUGGCAGGAAAUUAUGCAACCGUGGGCUCAAACUGUUGUAACGGGAAGAGCGAGAUUGGGGGGAAUCCCCGUUGGGGUUAUCGCUGUUGAAACAAGAACCGUUGAGGUGCAUCUCCCAGCGGAUCCUGCGAAUUUAGACUCUGAGGCGAAAAAAAUUUCCCAAGCCGGUCAAGUUUGGUUCCCGGAUUCCGCCUACAAAACGGCCCAAGCAAUCCAAGAUUUCUCCCGCGAAGACCUCCCCUUAAUAAUAUUCGCGAAUUGGCGCGGAUUUAGCGGGGGGAUGAAAGACAUGUACGAACAAAUCAUGAAAUUCGGCGCUUACAUAGUCGAUGGGUUACGCAAAUACACAAAACCCAUCAUAAUUUACAUCCCACCCCACGGGGAGCUCCGCGGUGGAGCUUGGGCGGUCGUUGACCCCACGAUAAACCCCCGUUACAUGGAGAUGUACGCCGACGCUGACGCACGAGGUGGGGUUUUAGAACCAGAAGGAAUCGUCGAAAUCAAAUACCGCAAAAAAGAUUUAAUCAAAGCGAUCCACCGAAUCGACCCGCUAAUCAAAGAUUGGCUAGAAACCAUCAAAAUCCAAUCGAAUCAUAACCACAUUACAUCAUCCUUCGAAAGAAAAAAUAGCUUAUCAGCGGCGCAAACUCAAGAAGUCGCUAAAACCCCCGAAGUGAUUGAGUUAGAAACAAAAAUCGCGAAUCGCGAGGCGUUAUUAAUGCCGAUGUAUCACCAAGUCGCGGUUCAUUUCGCCGAUUUACACGACACCCCCGAAAGAAUGCACGAAAAAGGAACAAUCUUAGAUAUUUUAACUUGGAAGAAUUCGCGGAGGGUUUUAUAUUGGAGAUUAAAAAGGUUAAUAUUGCAAGAUCAAGUUAUUUCGAGUUUGUUGGAAGCGCAACCUAAUUUGGGAGUGGGACAAACUGAAGCGAUGUUGAGACGGUGGUUUGUUGAGACGAAAGGAACCGCGGAGGGGUAUUUAUGGGAUAACAACCAAACCGUCGUUGAAUGGCUUGAGGAGCAAAUGGAUAAAUCAAUGGAGGAAUCUGUGAUUGGUUAUAAUCUUCAUUGUGUUAAAAAAGAUGCGAUUAUAAACAGGAUGAGAAAUUCUUUGGAG